AGGAACAAGCGUUAUUUCUUACGAGUUCGAACAAAACGAAAAGAUAUCACUAAAUAAAGCUCGAACACUUCAGGUAUUUGAUCAAAGAAGAGUUGUACGCAGGACCAGAUCAUGAAUAACUUAAUAACAAGAAUGAAAGAGAUAUGCUCUUACCAUUGAUUCAUAUAUUGAAGUGUUUAAUGUCUGCGAAGAUGAAAAACUUUUAGAUAUCAGUAACCAAAAUGAAAAAAAAUAAACAAAGAGAGUUGCACGAAUGCAGUUGUUGUUGUAAAAGUCUCCGUUGGAUUAGUCAUCUCAAAAGCCACCAAGCGACACACACUGGAGAAAGACCACAUAAGUGUGAAUUUUGUGGCAAGGGAUUCACUCGAAUCGAUCAUUUAAAAACCCAUUCACGAUUGCACUUGCCUGAUGACCCGCAAAAUCACAGUAUUAAGGUUAAACAAAGUAAGUUGCACCAAUGUGGUAUUUGUGAUAAAAGUUUUCGUUGGCUCAGUGGUCUCAGAAACCACCAAACGACACACACUGGAGAACGACCACAUAAGUGUGACAUUUGUAGCAAAACAUUCACCCAGAAGAGUCACUUGACACCCCAUUUACGAUUGCAUUUUUACGAUGAGGGACAAAAUCAACAUAAAUGUGAAGUUUGCGAAAAGGUACUUAACGACAUGCGAAGUAAAACUAUUCAUAUGAGACAACAUACAGGAGAAAGACCAUAUAAAUGUGAAGAAUGUGGAAAGGGCUUUUGUAGCAGAGGUAUUUUGAAAAAACAUAUCAAUCUACACCUCAAGACAUUCAUGUGUGAAAUAUGCAAUCGGGCAUUUGACUGCAAGUCUCACCUUUCUACUCAUAUGCUCACUCAUACAAAAGAAAAAAAAUUUAAAUGUACUAUUUGCGAAAAGUUAUUCGCAUGCAAAGGUAAUUUAAAGUUGCAUAUGAGAAGACAUACAAAUGAAUAUCAAUUUAAAUGUGAAAUAUGUGGCGCCAUCAAGGUGCAACAAUGCGAACUGAAUAUUCAUAUGCGAAUGCACACAGGUGAAAAACCGUUUAUCUGUAAAUUAUGUGGGAAGGCAUUUAGCGAGCGUAGUAAUCGAAAUAUGCAUAUGCAAACACAUUCCAACGAAAAGCCGUAUGCAUGUGACAUAUGUGGAAAAAGAUUUGCUGUACAAAGAUAUGUCAAACAACACACCAAACAGACUCAUUUGAAAUCAGAUAGUAUCUCAAAUACGAACAAAGUUCUAACUGAAAAUAUAUAUUGAGAUAGCACUGUUGUUUCUUAUCAAAAUGAAAAUAUAUCGCAGCAUAAGCACAAACCUCUCAAGUAAUUGAAAUCAAAGAGCUAUCAGACCACGAAUAACUUGAUAUACCGAGUGUCUUAGACAUGCUCGUAGCGCUUAUUCAUUUAUGCCACAUUCUCAGUAAAUCGUCACCGCGUUGCCCGCUCCGUCGCCGACAGGUGGGUUCACUCGGAGUACUGUUCAGCAGCAGUAGAUAUUCAGCCCAGACACCCAUCCCUACUUUUGAAAUGUUAAACAUCAAGUUAUCACAAAACCUGACUUGGCAUGUAGAAAUCUUAAAAUUGAACACCUAACGUGUAGUAUCUGUAAAUGCUUUUUUAUGAAUGCUGAUUUAGAAAUGUAAAUUCAAAUGGAACGAUUAUUAAAAGAUUUGUUCACAAAUAAUACUGCAAUAAAAGCAGGAGAAAAAAAUUACGUAUUUUGUGGACAGUGGUCGCCGACGGUGGGUCAGUGGUUCGCCAGCCCUUGCACAGUGGCUUCCAAUCAGAUGGAAUCCAUGGAUGUGUAAUAUGGAACGAAGUAGUGAAAUAGAACUACUCGCUGUUGCAGUCUGCCUCGGCUAGAAAACAAGUCCUGGAUUUAUUUAUAAACAAAGCUACGGUCUUAAUAAGACUUUGUAUAUGACUGUAAUCACAUUCAAUGAAAUGCUUCUUUGUGAAUGAUUUAUCUAAAGAAAUAUUGGACCAAUUACAUUAUGUACUUUCUCCAAAUAAAUACGGACCGUUUUUAUGUACAGUUUUAAUGAGUAUUAGUUGGUUCUAUGUUAAAGAGAUCUACAACAUUCAGGUAAAUUAUCCGAAGGGUCGUCUAUUACAGCGGUUCCCAAAAGGUACCGGUAGUGCGCCGCGACGAGUUGCUAAGUGCGCCGCGAAAAAUUAAUAGAAUUGUGUUAAACACAAUUAAGAUAUGAUUGAAUAUUUUACAUAUUGUAUUUAUUAUAGGUUUUUUAAUAUUUCUGAUUAUUAAUGCUAUAUGAAUCGAUAAAUUCAUUUCAUCCUUUUAUGUCGUUC